ACAAAUGUUGACAUUGACAAUUGUCAUUGUCAAAGUUCUGAAUGCAGAAAUAAUCGUAAUUCAAUGGCAUUGAUUAUUGGAAUUUCCGUUUAAUUUACUCAAAUACGUAAAACAACAAACAAGAUGCUGCGUUUUUGUACACAAGGUGUGUUGAACAAUAGUAGAGUAAUCAUCCAACCUCUCAUACAAAAACAGAUAACCUCGAAAUUAAAACCCAUCAUCAGCUGUCCCGGUGUUAUAAGCAGGCAUUAUGCAGUGAAACUAAGAGACGAAGAUAACAAGUUGGAGUGUAUAUAUUACGGUCCCUUGACACCACAGAUAAAGGGCGUGAAGGUGUUCUCUCUGAGUUCUAGUGCAGCUGGCCUGUUGGCGCAACCCAUAAUCAUAAGAGAGGCAGCGACGAUUGGCAGCACGUCACUACUCGUGGCAUUAUGCUCAGUAGUCGGCUUCUUCACAUUUGUAACGCCUUUAUUACUCCACUUCAUAACUAAAAAAUAUGUGACGGAAAUACACUAUGACCCCACAACAUCUACAUACAGUGCUACCACCACUUCAAUUUCGUGUCUACACACCAAAGCCGCUGACGCCGGCGGCACAGCCCGGCGGCCCAACCCGCCGGCCCUUGACUUCAAAGUGGAAGAUGUACAAGUCCCUGAUAUUCCCGGUGCGUUCACCACAUUGAACGCCAAAGGAGUUCCCCUUUUCAUAGAAGCACGCCACUUCACAGACCCCAUACAUUAUGCCAAAAUGAUGGGAUAUGACAAACCUAUGGACUUUAAGCUCGGCGAUCAAACUGAAGAUAGUAGUAAAUCAAAUUAGUUGUUACAUUUUGUUAUUUAUUAUACAGUAGAAUCCGGAUAUAACGACCUUCAAGGGACCGACGAUAUUAUGUCGUACUAACCGGACGACGCACAAAACGGACGGAUUAUUUCUUAAGUACAUAACUUAACUUGUACAUACAUACAUAACUUACAAUACAUAUUAUUAUCUUCUUGGCUGGACCGAUUUGGCUUAGAGGUCCAGGGAAGGUUUAAACGAUACGAAGUUUGUUGGGUUAGCUAGUCUUUUUAUAUGUAUAUAAAAAUGAAUUGCUGUUCGUUAGUCUGACUAAAACUCCGGAAUGGCUGGACCGAUUUGGCUUAUUUUGGUUUUAGAAUGUUUGUAGAGGUCCAGGGAAGGUUUAAACGAUACGCGGGGCGGGGGUGCGAGUGCGAGGUAAACAAAACAUUGCGCGUGUGUCGUUUUAACCGGACGUAUUAUAAUAAAUAUUGGUGGCUAUAAGCAGUUGGUCGCUUAAACCGGAGUCGCACUAAACGGUUAUAUUGUCUUAGUACCUAUAUACGAAACCUAACUUGAGUAAAGAUUAUCGUCGCUAAAACCGAUUAGUUGUUAUAAGCGAAGUCGUUAUAUAUGAAUUCUACUGUAGUUGCUUUAAAUAAAUAGUUAACUAGU